AAUAAUUUUGACGUUAAUCGACCAUAACCUAUAAAAUGAAAUUCAAAAUUGUUUAAAAAUGAGUACGUAUUUUCAAAAAUUUGCUAGUUUUACAGGGCAAAUAAUACAGUAUGGAUGUAUAUUACACUGUACGGUAAAUUAUUUAGGCGAAUUAGUAAUGUGCCAAGGCCCUUCCAUGGAACCAACAUUGUUUUCAGACGAUGUCAUAUUCACGGAACACAUAACCCCUACGAUAAAUAAAGUCAGUAGGGGGGAUAUAGUUAUAGCAAAGUGUCCCAGUAACCCACAGCAGAAUAUUUGUAAACGUGUGGUAGCUUUGCAGGGUGAUAAGAUUCGGACUGGUUUUACGAGCCAUAUUGUCCCCAUAGGGCAUGUUUGGUUGGAAGGAGAUAACUCUACAAACUCUUGUGAUAGUAGGAAUUACGGGCCAGUACCUCUGGGCUUAAUUAAAAGUAGAGCUGUUCUAAAAAUAUGGCCUUUUAAAAAUAUGAUGUUUUUAACAGAUUAAGAUCAAUUUUUGCAGUUUUGUUGUUUACACAUU